UUGGUGUUAGAGGCUGUAGUAAUGGUUUACACCAUCCAAAUGAUAGAAAAAUUCUAGCGUCGUAGAUAUGACUUGAAAGGAUUAUUUAUUUAAUUUUUAUUUCCUGUUUUGGCUUAUGGGAAAUAAAAUUCGUCGUAACACUAGCGCUGACUAAAAAAGAAACUAAAAAUCGAAAAAAAGGAAAAAAAAAACAGGUGAGAAGAAACGGGAGUCGGAGACGACCAAGAUUCGCCGCCGAUGGCAACGCGCGCGCCGGCGACCGGGUCCGCGACCGUGACGGUGGACCCCACCCCGUCCUCCUCCGCGCCGGCCUCGUCGGCGCCCCCGCCGGCGGCGGAGACGGUGGUGCUGCGGCUGAAGCGGCGGGCGAAGAAGAAGGUGACGUGGAAGGAGGGGACGGUGGACAACGAGUCCCUCGGCCGCAAGAGCUCCAAGAAGUGCUGCAUCUUCCACAAGGACGUCCCCUUCGACGAGGAUUGCAGCGACGACGACCCCGACGGCGGCCGCCGGAGCCCGCCCGGGGACGCCGGCGAGGGGACAAGCGGCGGCGGCGGUGGAUGCUGCUCCUCGUCCUCGGACGGCCAUGGCCAUUAAAUAUUUCGGAUUGGAUAGGUACGAAUUGUCAACUUAUCGUGGAGCUCCGUAGCAAUGCGCGAAGUUGUAAUUUCAAGGGAAGAAUUGCUUCUUCUGUACUGCCAACUGCCAAAACAAUAGGUGAAAUGAUACUUUUGUUUGUUUUUGUGUUGCGACUGUGGAUGCUGUGCUAGCUUUUCUUUUGUGGCAUUUGCAAGAGAGAAACCUUGUAACGUAUAGCUGACUUUAUUGCUGGUCGUGUGUAAUUCUCUUGAGAUGUAUUUAGUAUUGCUCCUGUUGUUAUUGUCACCAUUCCAUCGCAUCAAAUAUCCUCUUGUUCUUUAUUUUUAUAUUGUGGGUUGGUAGUUGUAUUGUAUUCACAUUGAUAGCAGUGUAUUAUGUGAUGAUGAUUGAAUAUCUUACCCCAAAUCAGCA